AUGUUAAGAGACGUAAUUAGAAAUAAAGAAAUUUCAAUAUACCAAAAUAAAACUAAAUCAAGUUUUUAUAAAGAAGAAGAAGAAGAGGAAGAAGAAUAUUGUUUUAACUCGAAUGGGGAAAUUUUCUUAAAUUUAGAUGGUUUAGAACCAAACAACUAUCAUAGAAUUGACUAUGAUCAAAUCGAUAACAAUAAAACACAUGAUAUAUAUUGUACUGAAAAUGAUAAUAAUAAUAAUAAUAAUAAUAAUAAUAAAAAUUAUAAUAAUAAUAAUAAUAGUAAAAAAAAUAAAUAUGGUUUUCAAAAUUAUAGAAACAAUAAAAUUUUUGAAAAUAAUAUUGAAAAUCGUUUUAGUAAAAGAUUUAAAAAAGAUAAUAAUAAUAAAGAAAACAAUGAUUUUCAAACAAUAAAAGGUGAUGGUAAAGAUUAUCAAACAAGCAGUAGUAGUUCAUUUACUUUGACCCCACCAUUUUCUUCUUUGUCAUUAUCUUUAAAUAUAAAUCAUAAACACAACUAA